CUACAAGCGUCUGCAACUGCGGAAGAGGGUGUAUUUGAAUCGGGAUCAUGGCAGAAAUGGACGAGGCUGACGUUCAAACAAAGAAAAGCAAAACCCUCAUCAUUCGACAUCUGCCCAGAGAACUCAGUAGAGAUGAGAAAGAGGAUCUCCUCAAAUACUUUGGGGCCUCCUCUGUCAGAGUGCUGUCAGAAAAGGGACCUCUAAAACAUAUGGCCUUCGCAACUUUCAGCAGUGAGACCUUAGCCUCUAAGGCGCUGAACAGACUCCAUCAGCUGAGGAUCCUCGGUCGCACACUAGUGGUUGAGUUUGCAAAAGAUCAAGACAGCGCCAGUGUUUUGAAAGAUCCACCAGUGUCUGACAGAACCGCUGCUGCCGAAAAAGAAAAGAAAGAAAAACAACAACCCAGUGUUCCUCUGAUGGACACCAGCAUUGCACCCAGUCUGGGGUUGAAAUUUCAAACAAAUCCAACGCUGAAAUAUUUAUAUCCUCCUCCUUCAAGUGGAAUUUUGACAAACAUCACACACACACUUCUGAGUGUGCCCAAGUUCUACGUUCAAGUUCUUCACCUGAUGAAUAAGAUGAACCUGCCGUCUCCGUUUAGGCCGGUGACAGCUCCUCCACCAAUGUUUCAGUUUGAGAUGCCUUCAGGCCCGCUGCCUCCACCUUUCCCCCCUGAAAACCCUCCUCUUCCUGAGCAUGACGAGUCCGGAAGCGAAGAAGAGUCCGAGUAUGAAAGCGGAGAUGAAGAGGAGAAAGAGAGGAUGAUCAGACUGAUGGGCCUUGUUAACCAGCCAUGCAAAAGACCGCUGAGAACAAAGACUUCAUCCAAGAGAAAGAAACCCAAACUCAAAGACCUCCUGUUUAUUCCCAAACCGGAUUCCCAUGGUCCAUCAGGUCCAGUCCUGCAGCCGGCGGAUGUGUUUGAGCAACCUCAUGCACUUGGACAGAAAAAAAUAGAGUUUCAUAUAUCGUCUGAGGUGUCCGCCAUCCUCGAGGGGCCUGGAGAGAAUCUAAAGCCACCAUUCGCAGAUGCAACUGAAGACAUGCCAGAGAUGGAGGUUUAUGCUCAGGAAGCCACAGAAGGUUUUGGAAAGAUCUACCCAAGCGCUCAUGUCCCCAGACAGGAGGAAGAGCAGGAGGAAGAUGAGGACAUCCCGUCUGAGUUCAUCUCCAGGAGAGAGCUGGAGAAAGGCAGACUCUCCAGAGACGAGAUAAAGAAAUUGUCUGUUUUUAAAAAGUACGAACCUGGAGAACCAACCUGCAGGCUUUAUGUUAAGAAUGUUGCAAAGCACGUUGAAGAAAAAGAUCUGAAGUUCAUAUACGGCCGGUAUAUCGACAUCUCCUCAGAGGAAGAGAGAAACAUGUUUGAUAUCGUUUUGAUGAAAGAGGGGAGGAUGAAAGGUCAGGCCUUCAUCGGACUGCCCAGCGAAAGAAGCGCACAGAAGGCCCUGAAGGAAACCAAUGGAUAUGUGCUCAAGGACAAACCUCUGGUGGUGCAAUUCGCACGAUCUGCAAAGCCUAAACAGGAAUCUGCUGACCCGAAGAAAGCAGGGAGAAAACACUGAAGUGAUGAUGUUGAUGUUGCAUCAAAUUACCUCAAUCAUGAGCCAACAAGAGCUCCAUCUUUACUUCAUAUCCUUUAAUAUAUCCUUUAAAAGAGUUAUUUAAUUUGAAUACACAUAAUAAACUGGAUUUUUCCAAAUGUCAAGCAAUAUUUUUCUACUUUACACAAACACAAAAUAUAUUGAAUAUUAAUAUGUUUAUUUUCCCCCGGUUUUAUUGCAGACUGCCUCGGUUGAGUCCUCUCAGGUUGAAGUUCAUCAGCUGAUAUGAUUUUUUUUUUUUUAAAUAUGUCUUAAAAUACACCAAAUAAAAGCAAAUAAUACGUA